CUGCAAAAGAGGAAGUGUGUUGUGGUGGACGGGAAAACGUGGGAAAUGUUAUCCGACAGAGAAAAAGAAGGGUGCAAAACCAUCUUGAACAAACUUCCUCAAAAGGACUUGCUAACUCUAACAGAUACAGUGACGAACCGAGUAGUAACUCCUGAAAAUACCCAAGGUAUUUAAUCAUUAAAAAGUCAUCCAUGGCUUGAAAACAGAGGAAUGUACUGCCACAGCUUGCACUAAUAAUUUGUACAAGCUGUGGCAGUACUUCUGUACAACAGUUAUUAUCAUUCGAUGCAAAUGUUUCUUCCUUUUCAUUGGCCGAGAGCCCACCAUGUGACCUGCAAAUAACUGCCUGCAAAUAAUGGUGUGCUCAUGCAUUCAACUGUUUUUGGCUGCAAAUACUAUUCUGCUCAUGCGUAAAUGAAACCACGCUUUUCUCCUUCUUGCGAUUGCUCUUGCAUGAAAAUGGCGGAUUGCUUCGCUUCCUGAAGAUAUUCCUUAAAAAACAAACUCGGUGAUCAAAUGAUAAAACAAUUAUUGAACUUGGUUAUUGCAAAAGACAAAUCAUGAUAUUUUGCUCAACCUCGUCCAAUAAUUGCUAAUUGUUGUACAAGUUGCUAAUGGCCAGCCUAGUACAGCUUUUCCUACCACAGGAUUCUGUGUAUGUCUUUUAAGGGGCAUACACAGAAUCCUGUGAUGGGAAAAGCUGCACUAAGCUUGUGAAAAAAAAAAAAAAUUCCUUUGUGAAACUUUGUAGGUUGAUAAUAGUAAUUGUGUGCUUUCCAUGAUGCCAUGCCUUUGAUGCUGCUGUUCCAUGAUACCAGAUUCUGGUAUCAUGCUCUGAUUGGUCAAAUGUAUUCUUUUUGACAGAAUCGCGGUGCUGUUGACAGUAUCAUGCUCUUUCAAUCACAGGUAGCCUAAGCUCUCUAUGAGAGCCCUGAGCAACAUUGUCCAUCAGCUAAUUACUUAUUUAUACGGCAACAAUUAUAAGGCGUUGUAUGAGAAUUAUCCUAUUUCUACGGUGGGUCACACAUGCAAAUUAAAAAUGUUGCUGCAAACUAAAAAUUUUACCCGCAAGUUAAAAAUGUUGCUGCAAAUUAAAAAUAGGACAUGCAAAUUAAAAACUGCACAUGCAAACUAAAAAUAUUACAAACAUGAAACAUGAAUGGGCCAACGGCUGUAAGGCCAGGUCGCACUACUCGGACCAGGUCCUCAUCACUCAUACUGCGAGCGUGGGACUCAUUUUUAAUUUGCAUCGAUAUGUUUUCUAUUUUCAGUUUGCAGCACAAUUUUUAGUUUGCAUGUACUAUAUUUAAUUUGCGGGUAAUAUUUUUAGUCUGCAUGUACAAUUUUUAAUUUGCAUGUACUAUUUUUAAUUUGCAGCAACAUUUUUAAUUUGCAUGUGUGACCCUUCUGGGCCAACGUAUAUUUCUCCAUAAUUGAGAGAAACAUGCUUUAAAGUUUUCCUUUUAAGCUUGCAUUAAUUUUUUUAGUAUUUUAUUAUGUUUAUUUGUGAGUUGACUGUGUUUCAGGCCUCUUAGGAUGCCGAGAACAACACUACCCCUUUAGGCUAAUUAAUUAUUCAUACAGCAAGAAAAUUAUAAGACGUUGUAUGAGAAAUAUUCUUUGCUGACUAAAUUAAUAAAAUGUGCAUUGAAUAUCGCUUUGAAGCUUACCUUGAGCCUUUUCUUGUUUUUCUUUGCGUUCGGACUGCAUUUCAGACCUCCUAAGCACUGUUUAAUACCUCUUUUUGAGCGACAGUUUUUCAUCCAGACGACAGUAGAGAGAAGAAAAGAGAAGGUUCACUUCAUUGGCGAUUUAGGACCUUUGAAAUGGGAAUUUUGGCAUUAUUUAUCAAGACAUCUGUUUCUGGCGGAAUUGUCUCCAUGUCACAAAUGUCGCGGAAUUUAUCGCCACCGAGAGCUGAGGGUUUGCCAACCUUCUCUUCUCUUCUCUCUACUGUCAUCUGGUUGAAAAACUGUCGCUCAAAUAGAGGUAUUGAACAGUGCCUAGGAGGUCUGAAAUGCAGUCAGAACGCAAAGAAAAACAAGAAGUCUCUUGUUUGGCUUUUACUAGUUUUGGCGUUUACAAAGUCCGCCUCGCUUGUCAUGCAGUCACGUAGUUAACAAACCAAAUACACAACUGACAAGCAAUGCAAACGACUUCAUAAACGCUAAAAACCAUGCAUGCAAGAGAGAAACUUCUGCUCGCAGGCUAGUACAAUGAUAAUAGCAGUUGAGAAAAAUCAGGGAAAAUGAUUAUUACUAAUUCUUACAUGAUUUUGAGCAGACACAAAUUCAACAGGAAUACGCUCAAACUGAAUAGUCUGUCGCAUAAGCUGCUAAACCUACACAUUUCAUUUCUCCUCCACGGAAUAUAAACUCUACCAAUAGCAAUGCUAUAUGUAUGUCAACAAGCAUUAUAAUGGGAACUGCGAACUUGAGGGAUAUCCUUGAAAAUCUAUUCAACUGUUCUUCCCUGGUCGUACAUGGCACAUUUUCCUCUG